UCAUUUUAUGUCAAAAAUAAAGUUGACUUAUAGCGUUGUAAUAAUAAUGGGGACAUAUUUAAAGCGUGGGACCCUUUACCGGAAGUUUAAAAAAUAAAAGUAUACUUCCGGCGCAGGCACUCAAUCGGUACUUUCAGAGGUAAACAGUUCAAAAACGUCGACUACAAACAGUGAACGUUUGAUGUUUUAAUGUUUGAAGGAGGUUAGAAGACAGCCAGCGAGUGUCCCCUUCUCGUGUGUAAGAUAGGUGCACUCCGAAAAGCCAACAAGCGAAUUUAAGACGCCAACGUAACAAAUAAGGUAGCUUUGGCUAGCGACUCGGCUCGUUUGUUUUCCAGCAUGUUAUUCGAAGCUUCUGGCUAUAUGGAUAUUAGGACAUGCUGAGACACUAUUUAAAAUCACAAGGAUGUCACCCUUGGAACAUUGUUAGCCCUCGGGAUGACCACAUUGGUGGCCUAUGAGGAUUCUGAGUCUGAGGAUGAACGCCUUGACCAGAAAGAAGGAGCUGGGUCAGGAAAAAAAGCAAAGGACUGUCAUUCGUUGCCGUUGAUGCCGAACUCUGACAGCACACUGUCGGAAUGCCACCAGAUUGUGUCCAGAGAAGACGCCACCUCUUCACAAAAGCAGGGUUGUUCUCUGAGCUCACCUGCUGCUCUUCAGAAGAAGGCUACUCUGCUUCCAUACUCCCCACCAAAUGUCUCUGAUAAGCCCAAAAGACCCUGCACUGUUCCGCCCGGUGUCCGACCCUAUAUUCCCAAGAGGCAAAGACUUGUCACUGCUUCCGCAGCGAAAGAGGAGAACCUAACAGGGAGUGUUCACGGAAAAGAUGUCCACAUUCUCUCAGCAGUAUCUCAGAAAGUGAAGCUGCAUCUUGCUCACACGCCUGCUCCUGCUGCUGCCAGGAUACCCAAGAAACUUCUGUUGAGCCUUCAAGGCCACCAGGGCCCAGUCAACACAGUGCAAUGGUGUCCGGUUGCUCAGAGAAGUCAUCUACUGCUGUCCGCCUCCAUGGACAAGACCUUUAAGGUGUGGGACGGAGCUGAGAGCGGACGAUGCCUGAGGGUUUACACAUGCCACUCAGGAGCCGUGCGGGAUGCACGCUGGAGCCCCUGCGGCCGCCAGCUCCUCACUGGGUCCUUUGACAACACAGCCGUGGUUACCGACGUGGAGACUGGCCAGCGCAUCGUCAAAGCGGAUAACCAGUUCAAGGUGAUGUGUGUGGUCUCGCAUCCCGUCAACUCUGAAGUGUUCCUGUGCGGAGGUUACAGUUCAGUGGUCAACGCCUGGGACUCUCGCUGCUGCAAGGUUGUUAAAGUGUACAAAGCAGCAAUCCAGCAGACAUUGGACAUUCUCUUCCUUCGAGGUGGCCUGGACGUCAUCACGAGCUCCGACUGUGUCAGCAGAGAUUCUGCAGACCGUACCCUGAUCGCCUGGGACUUCCACACCGGCGCCAAGGUUUCCAACCAGAUAUACCAUGAGCGCUACACAUGCCCCAGCCUGGCUCUCCAUCCACAGGAGGAUUCCUUUGUAGCCCAGACGAACGGCAACUACGUGGCUUUGUUCUCCUCCCAGAGGCCCUAUAGGAUGAACAAGCGGCGACGUUACGAAGGACACAAGGUGGAGGGAUAUGCGGUGCGAUGCGAAUUCUCUCAGGACGGAACCAUUUUAGUGUCCGGCAGCUCCACCGGCUCGGCCCACUUCUACGACUAUCAAAACGGCCGGCCGCUUCGCUCGCUGCAAGCACACAGCCAGCCGUGCCUUUGCGUGUCCCAGCAUCCCGUCCUGCCCGCCGUCUCUGCCACUUGCGACUGGGCCGGUGAGAUCAAGGUCUGGCACUGAGGAUGCAGCCC